AAAAUAAGCAGCGGAAAUAGUUAUCAACAUCCGUUAUUUUAUUUCAAACUUGGCAGCACAUACAAUUGUGACACUCUUUUGACGUUCCUCUUUGCACUUCUUUAUCAAUUGUCAAAACAUUUCUCCACAUUCUUAUCAGCAUUUUGCACAACAUUCAUAGAAAAAAUGUAAAUAGUCUUCGAAUUAAACCAAAAAAAAUAACUUUUGCAUCAAUAAUGGAGUUUUUGCACGAAUCCAUCGCACUUGGAGUCGAUUUGCUAAUUCUAGGUUUGUGCGUAAGAGAAUAUAUUAGCUACAAAAAAAGUGUAAACUGUCUGAAGGCCGCGCCACAACUAGCCUUGGAUGGUGAUCUGAAGAAAUUCGUAAGUGUACAAAAGGACAAAAAGAUACCUUAUGCCGUUGUACGUGGUACUGUUACACCAAUUGGUGUGCCAAUGCGCAGUGUUAUGUCGCCAUCGGUGACCGCUGUGCUACAAGUAAUAAAAUUGAGCGAGCACCGUGUUACACGCGGCUUUGCCGGUUUCUGGACCGAACAACGCAAGCUCAUACACGUAUCAUCGAAUGAAAUGCCCUUUGAGUUGCGCAACAACGAUUGUAAUGUUGAAAUCAUUGACGCGCUAAAUGCUGCUGUACUAGACUUGGAUGUUGUUUAUGAUAACUACGAACCAUCGUCCCUUUCAUUUUUCGACCAUGUAUUCGGCUUUUUUUCGGGCGUCCGGCAAAAAGGACUGCAGACCACCGAAGAAGUACUGCGUGAUGGUAGUUUCAUAACGGCCAUUGGUGAAUUAGAAUUGGAUGGUAAAACCUUGCGUCUACAACCAUCGCCCGUGGGACCACUAUUUUUAACGACUGCUACCAAGUCGACUUUAAUUAAAAAAUUAGAGGAGGCCAAAUCGUCUAUGAUCGUUAAGAUCGUCAUAUUUGGCACAGUCUCAGCUGUUUUAAUUAGCCUCAUAAUACGUAAGAUAUGUGCCAAAAGGAGACAAGAUCGUGAUGAACGUAAAAUCAAAGAAACUCUAGAAAAGGAGCGACGUGAAAGACGUUCUCGUACACGACCACUUAAUCUUACCACAGAACAAUUGUGCGUCGUGUGCUCAACGAAUCCAAAAGAGGUCAUCAUAUUGCCCUGUGGACAUGUUUGCAUCUGCGAAGAUUGCUCCGAGAAGAUACGUAUAACAUGCCCCGUGUGCCGCGGUAAAAUCGGAACGAAAGCAGCCGCAUUCAUUGCAUAAUUCGAACAAGAAAAGAAAUAGUAGAAAAGUGUAGUGCAGAAGCCAUUCAAUACAACAAUAAAAACUUAAGUGCGGGCACAAAUGUAUGGAUGCGUAAAAGCAUAAAAUGUAAUAAACAAAAAAUUAAAGUAAUUAGUUACAUAUUUAAUAACACAUAACAACAACACAGAAAAUAUUAAGCGAAGUCAUUAAAAAUCAUACCAAUUAGCCAAAUGUCAGAAAAUGACGAUAAAAUAAAUGUAUAAGAACACAUAA